AUGCCUGAUUAUCCGGCAUGGGUACCGGAUGAAAUUGUGGUUGGAUAUGUUGAACAUGGUAUUCAAGAUCUUCUUUCUUGGCAAUUGGAUGUUUUGAAUAAUCGAUCUUUGCAAGCUCCACAAUAUGGUAACUUUAUAUUUUCCGCUCCAACAAGUUCCGGUAAAACGGUAGUUGCCGAACUAAUUGCCAUAAAUACUGUCCGACAAUUACGCUGCAAAGCAGUUUUCAUCUUCCCAUAUAUAUCCGUCGCAAAGGAAAAAUUUCAUAUUUUGCAGAAAAUAUGGCGAAGAGUUGACCUUCGUGUUAGUGCAUUCAUAGGCUCACAUUCGUCAUCAUUUCAAGUUUGGGAUGCAUCAGUAUGCACAAUUGAGAAAGCUAAUUCACUCUUAAAUCGUAUGAUUGAUGACAAAACUAUAUUUGAUAUAGGUGUAUUAGUAAUCGAUGAAUUUCAUAUGUUAUUUGAUGGGAAUCGUGGUCCAUUAGUGGAGCAAAUUGUUGGGAAAGUAUUGUACAUCUCGCGAUUUUUAAAUCAUAAAAUUCAAAUUAUCGGCUUAAGCGCUACGUUACCAAAUUUGGAUGAACUAGCUGACUGGCUAAGUGCCGAGAGGUAUGAAACGCAAUUUCGCCCGAUACAUUUACGUGAAAUGAUAAUGUGUGAUGGCCAACUACUAGAUGUAAGCACAUUGCAGUGUAUUCGAACGGUGUCAAGUGAACUUGCUGUUUCAAACGAUAUCGAAUAUGCAAUCAUACAAUUGUGUACGGAAUCUGUCAUAGAAGGCGAAUCGGUGCUUGUAUUUUGUAGUUCGAAAGCAGAAACAGAAAAGCUUGCCCUAGCUAUAUCGCAUCACUUCGGAGAAUGUUUCAAAUCGGGCAAUAACCAAAAUCUUAUUUCAUCCUUGAAUAUACAAUCACUGAAAGCAGUUAAACGAGGAUUUCAUCAUGAAAUACAAUUUAUAGAUGAUAUUUUGCAAAAAACAAUACCGUAUGGAAUUGCAUUUCAUCAUGCUGGUUUAACCGUAGAAGAACGUGAAAGUAUUGAGAAUGCUUUCCAUGAGCAAUUGCUGUGUAUAAUAUGUGCAACAUCAACCCUCAGUUCGGGAAUAAAUUUGCCAGCUCAUCGAGUAAUUAUAAAAGCACAAAUGUGCGGGCCUAUAGCGCUUAAUGGUUUAACAUAUAUGCAAAUGGUUGGUCGAGCUGGACGUUUAGGACAAACCGAAAAAGGUAUCAAUUCAAUUGAUUGUGGUGAAUAUCAACUUUAUUGUAAAUGA